AUGUCGAAUAUCAAGUAUAUUUAUUUAAAGAAAAUCCACAAAGUGCCGUUCACUGUUAAUAGUUAUUACAGUCUCGUUGAAACCAUCAAGAUGACUUAUAAAUAGUUGAAGGACAUUUAUCUUUUUGCAAUCAUUAAUUCAUAGAAUGGAGAAGCAGUAUGGGAAAUUAACUCUGAUGUUACCUUUUAAUCAUUGAAAUCAACGAGUCAAUAAUAAGGAUUGUCCUCCAUUAAAAUAUUGGUCACAGAGAACCAGAAUUAUUAAGAAGUCUUAAAGGAUUCAUGGAAUCUGUUAAAUCAAAGCACAGUGGCAACAGAAAAGAAGAGCCAAGAUGCUUCAACCUACUUUUAACCUAGUAAUUAAGAUUAGUGCCAAUAAAGUGCACCCUAGUUGGGAAAUAUAGGAACCUAAGCAAAAGCGUAAUAAAUUGAUAAUGCAUCAAAUACUAAUACUAUUGACUAUCGAAAUAAUUAAUAGCUAAAAGAGCUGAUCGAUGAAAUUAUCGAUUAAAAGUUAAAAGAAUUAGGGUUGAUAAAAAGCAAUGAUGAUAAAAUUGACCCCUCUGAUUAUAAAUUUUCGUUGACCAAAAAAAACACCAAAUACACUGCCAAUAUAGAUUCAGACCUUAAGGUUUCCUUAUGCUUCAAUAAUAAUGGUAAUAAGAAGUGGUUUAAUCCAUAUUUAACAAACACAGGAAUAAGAUUACAUUAGAAAUUUAGCGACUUGGCUCCAGGUGAAUAUACAUAAGUUAUUGUUUCCAUUCCCUACAUCCCAAAUCACUUUUAGGGCAAUCCACAAUAUACAUAUAGAUUCAAAAUCUAUGCUGAAAAUGAGAAAGGAUAAUUGUGUGAGGUAUAUGGUGAGAUUCCAAUCAUAGUAAAGGCUCCAGAAAAUAUCUAAUUGUCACCAGAAGAAUAAAAGAUAUCGAAAUUGUAGAGCAUCUUUCCACAAAUUGGGAAGCAAUAGAUUGUAAAGUUUGUCCAACAGCAGAACUAAGACAAACCUAUUGAUUAAUUGAUUGAAGAAUUCUUGUAGUGAUAUUUAUGGAAUAAUUAAUUAAUUUUGC